AUGGCGUCCGAGGCCGGCGGUUUGCAGGAGGAGGCGCUGCGGCGAAGGGAGCGGCUGAAGGCGUUGAGGGAGCGCACCGGGGCGGGCAGAAAGCAAAACGAGAGCGAGGCGCCGCAGGUGAAGCUGCUGAAAGGCAACAGCCAGGAGGGGGAGGAGGAGGAGGAAGGAGCCCCCAAGCACAAGGAGCUGAAGUUGCGGAAUUACAUCCCGGAAGAUGUGGAGCUGAAGGAAAGGGUGGUGCCCAAUGCCAAGCCAGCUUCAGUGGAAGACAAAGUGAAGGAACAGCUGGAGGCAGCUAAACCGGAACUGAUCAUCGAAGAAGUGGACCUGGCAAAUCUUGCCCCAAGGAAGCCUGACUG